CCUUGAGUGACACAGGCGGAGUAGAGAAGAAGGAACAUAUUUAGAGACGGUCUUGUCAAAGGAGUCGUUAAAGUUAAGAUUAAAUAACGUGUUACUGGUACCUCAAUAUCAGAAACUGACUUUCUGCUCUGUAUCCAGCAGGAGGCGUCCCCGCCGGCCAGGUCUCGUGGUGUUAAACUGAUAUCGCGGUCUUUGGAUCAUAUGAUACUUUGCUGAAACGUGUGAUAGCCGUCUUUUCCCCGUGGUGACGGAGCAGAGCAGACACACUGUGCCUGCUGCUGCAGAGAUUUGCAAAUCAUGGUGCUUUUACACGUGUUGUUCGAGCAUGCGGCCGGCUACGCGCUCUUUGCCGUCAAAGAGGUGGAGGAGAUCGGCAUGCUGCUGCCUCAGGUGGAGUCGAGCGUGCUGAGCAUUGGCAAAUUCAACAGCAUGGUGAGCUUGUCGGCCUUCUUCCCCUUCAAGUCGGCCCAGGGAGCUCUGGAGAACAUGAAUGCUAUUUCCGAAGGUGUGGUCCAUGCUGACCUGAAGUUGUUCCUAGAGACAAACUUGCCCCUCUCUGGGAAGAAGAAAGCUACGUUGGGGGUUUCCGAUUCCAAGAUCGGAGCAGCUUUACAAGAAGAGUUUAGCGUUUCCAUCCAGACUGGAGGGGUGGUGGCAGAGAUAGCCAGAGGUGUGCGUCUGCACUUCCACUCCCUAGUGAAGGGUCUGACUGGCCUGGCUGCCUCCAAGGCACAGCUGGGUCUGGGCCACAGCUACUCCAGAGCUAAAGUAAAGUUCAAUGUGAACAGAGUUGACAACAUGAUCAUCCAGUCCAUUGCUCUGUUGGAUCAGCUGGACAAAGACAUCAACACCUUCUCUAUGCGUGUCCGUGAAUGGUAUGGCUACCACUUCCCAGAGCUGAUCAAGAUCGUGUCGGACAACAGUAUGUACUGCCGCAUGACUCAGCUAAUUGGAAACAGGAAGGAGUUGUCGGAGGAGAGUCUGGAGAGCAUGGAGGAAGUGGUGAUGGAUGCUGCCAAGGCUCAGGCCAUCCUAGAUGCAUCCCGUUCUUCCAUGGGUAUGGACAUCUCUCCCAUUGACCUGAUCAACAUAGAGAGAUUCUCCAAUCGUGUCGUGUCGCUGGCUGAAUAUCGGCUCGGGCUGCAGGAGUAUCUACGUUGCAAAAUGAGUCAAGUUGCUCCAAAUCUAGCGGCCUUAAUUGGAGAAGUGGUGGGAGCUCGUCUGAUCUCUCAUGCCGGCAGUCUAACCAACCUUGCCAAGUAUCCAGCCUCCACCGUCCAGAUCCUGGGAGCAGAGAAGGCCCUGUUCAGAGCCUUAAAGACUAAAGGAAACACCCCCAAGUACGGGCUCAUCUUCCACUCCACCUUCAUUGGCCGUGCUGCAGCCAAGAACAAAGGACGCAUCUCCAGAUAUCUGGCAAACAAGUGCACUAUUGCCUCACGCAUUGACUGUUUCUCUGAGGUACCCACAAGUGUGUAUGGUGACAAGCUGCGUGGACAGGUGGAGGAGCGCUUGUCUUUCUAUGAGACUGGUGACGUGCCACGGAAGAAUUUGGAUGUCAUGAAAGAAGCUGUAAAAGAGGCUACCGAUGUUGCAACCGAGAUCAAGCGUAAACUUGAGAAGAAGGAAAAGAAACGCAGGAAGCGUGAAAAGAAGUUGCAAGAAACCGGUGAAACAAACGGUGACGCUGAGGCAGAGAAUGGAGAACACACUCCUGGGCUGAAGAAAAAGAAGCAAGCAGCCGAGGAGAUGGAGGUCGAAGCAGAGGAGACCCCUGCUGCAGAGGACACCCCAGGGAAGAAGAAAAAGAAACGAAAAGCAGAGGCUGAGGAGGCAGAAGCCGCUGCUGUCACAGAUGACGGCGCAGAGGAAACAGAUACUCCUUCUAAGAAGAAAAAGAAGCGAAAGAGUGAGGCAGUGGCAGAGCCUGCAGAAGAGACAGAAACACCCGUGUCUGAGAAGAAGAAAAAGAAGAAAAAAGAGACCGCAGACUAGAGACUGGUCAAAGACUGAAUCUUUAUUUUUGUGUACAGUUUAAUUUUUUUUUAUCCAUAUUAUGCUUUGUUUUUCUUGUGACCUCAAAGCAGGUUAGAAUGCAAAGACAUGCUUAUAACUGUGCCUUGACGUCAGUGACAUUUUACUUGUACUUCUGUAAAUAACUAUCCAUUAAACUUUGUCAAGUAAAAACC